GGAAAGGGCAAGGAUGGUGGAGGCUUUCUGUGCUACCUGGAAGCUGACGGACAGCCAGAACUUUGAUGAGUACAUGAAGGCUCUAGGUGUGGGCUUUGCCACUAGGCAGGUGGGAAAUGUGACUAAACCAACAGUGAUCGUCAGUCAGGAGGGGGACAAAGUGGUGAUCAGGACACAAAGCACAUUCAAAAACACAGAGAUUAGUUUCCAUCUGGGAGAAGAGUUUGAUGAAACCACUGCAGAUGACAGAAACUGUAAGUCUGUUGUUAGCCUGGAUGGAGACAAACUUGUUCAUGUACAGAAAUGGGAUGGCAAAGAAACAAAUUUUGUAAGAGAAAUUAAGGAUGGCAAAAUGGUUAUGACUCUCACUUUUGGUGAUGUGGUUGCUGUUCGCCACUAUGAGAAGGCAUAGAAAGGUUCCUGAUCUGGGGUUCGAAAAGCUCUACAAUUUUUCUAUUUACUCAAGUCUCAGUGUUAUCCUGCUAUUACAGCAUGGGUGAUCACGAAUUAAAAGGUUAUCUUUGUUGUGGAGGUGGAAAAUGGUGCUUUAAAAACUUGUUUUAAAACUUUUUACUGCAAAUAGCCCAAUUUUGAUCUGCAGAUUUAUCAUGUUUUAUAAUUCACAUUAAGAUGUUAAGUCACAUUUUUAAAAUAAAGAAGUAAAUACAUUUUAUAAUUUCCAUUGAAAAGUAAAUUAGAUUCAAAUAAAAAUUGUAUACCCAUGAGAAAUUUUGUUGUUGUUUUUAAUGUCACUAAUCUGGUGGUUUUAAUAUUAGAUAUUAGAUGUUAAAUAUUUAAUAUUAGAUAUUAAUCUGAUUAAUAUCACUAAUCAGGAGGUUUUAGACAAAAUAGCCUUUCUUACUGUAUAAAAUAAAGCUGGAAAAGUGCUAACUUUUAAAAAAUAUUACUAACAAAGUGCUAACUUUGUUUAAAAUAUUAAUUAAAAAAAAAUCAGCAGAAGCCUGGGGAAAAGUGGAAAUGCCACAGUUUUGGUUGGGACUUCCAUAGAGAACCUGUGGCAAUCAGAAACAGGCAGGCAGAUGAAGCAAAAUGAUAUACACAAAAAUGUCUUAUUAAAAAUAGUCAAAAUAUCAC